CGGGGUCUGUCGGCUCGCCCUCCCCUCGCCGCCUAAGCCUUCCCUCUGCCAACUGGGUCUCCUCCCCGCGGCAACACGGCUUCUCUUCCUCAGCUCGGCGACAGGGGCUUCCCCUCAGCCGCCGCCGCCGCCGCCCCCGUCGCAGCCGCCGCCGGCCGAGCCACGCCGUGCCCGCGGCCCGCGGCCGCCAUGCAGUUUAUGUUGCUUUUUAGUCGUCAGGGAAAGCUUCGACUGCAGAAAUGGUAUGUCCCACUGUCAGACAAAGAAAAGAAAAAGAUCACAAGAGAACUUGUUCAAACCGUUUUAGCACGGAAACCGAAAAUGUGCAGCUUUCUUGAGUGGCGAGAUCUGAAGAUUGUUUACAAAAGAUAUGCUAGUCUGUAUUUUUGCUGUGCUAUCGAGGAUCAGGACAAUGAGCUAAUUACCCUGGAAAUAAUUCAUCGUUAUGUGGAAUUACUUGACAAGUAUUUUGGCAGUGUGUGUGAACUUGAUAUCAUCUUUAAUUUUGAGAAGGCUUAUUUUAUUUUGGAUGAGUUUCUUUUGGGAGGGGAAGUUCAGGAAACAUCCAAGAAAAAUGUCCUUAAAGCAAUUGAGCAGGCUGAUCUACUGCAGGAGAAAACAGAGAAUAUGUAUCACAGCAAGAGUUUCAUUGGGUGUAAGAGAGCGUACUAGAAUACGUGCUGGAGUUCUGACACGCAUCAAAAUGUAGUAGGACCUAUGAAUUCAGUUUGGUUUUUGUCAAGUUUGUUAUUUAUAUUUUAGUAUUACCUGAUAAGUCUGAUUCCAUUAAAUCUUAAGGGAUAGUCCCAAUACUUCGUUUAACUGCUAUUUUCAUAGGGAAUUUUACUCUGCUAGUCAUUCAUCGUUGGGACUUAGAAUUUUUUUUUUUUUUUACACAGAAUAUUGAAAUAGGUUCAGAGGUUCUUUGACAAAAAAGUAUUAGUAAAUACUGUGAAGUGCUAAUGUCACUGAUAACAGAAAUAGAAUUCCCCUAUGCAAAUGAGAGCUUCCAUAAGAACACGAAGCAUUUGGGGUUUAUUACAUUAUUUUAACUUGCUGGUUCAUUCCACUGUAUUGAGUGAGGAAGAAGGCACAACUGUCUCUUGAAAGUGUUUAAGAAUUAUCUGAGGAUUAAAAUUUAACUGGUGCUUCUCAGAUACUUUUAUAUUUAAUGGUUCUCGUAUGAGAGAUCUGUCACAUAUUUGAACAGUUUACAUGACUUUGUAGCCUAACAUUUCAAAAUGCCGAAUUUAAUAUUAAAAUGAGGAUAUUUUAGAAGCACUCAAAUGAGCAAUUUUAAACUUUGAAUCACAAGCCUUUUGGCAGGGGUAAAAUCCCUUUGAGAGUCUAAAGAGCCCUGGGCCCUCUUCUCAGGAAAAUCUGCACAGAAUUUUGCCUCUAGUUUUAAGGGGUUUGUGGAGUCCCUAGAAAUCCAUCUCUGGACACUCUAGGCUCAGUUUAAAACCUCACCUCAGGUUACCUCGUUGACAUGAGAAACUUCUAUUUACAUAAAUUUGUAGGCGUAGACAGUUGACAUCUUUUUGGAGAUUUCUUUAUAAUCUAUCUUGAGGAUUAUUUAAAAAGUAAUAUCCUCAGUCUUAAAGGCAUUGUCUUUGGAGUUUUUGUUGUUGUUUUUGUUUUCUUUUUGUUCUGUUUUUUUAAAGCUAAGUGAACCAUUAAAAACCUCCAUUGCUACUUAAAAUACCAAAUGGGUGACUGCUUUUCCACUACUUCUUGGGAAAGAUUUUCCUUUAGGAUCUGUAAAAGAGUUUAUGGUCACCUUAGGAUGUAACGAUUUUCAUUAACGGAUUAAAUUCCUUUACUUUGUGUAAUAAAAUCCUGACAUACUUGAAGACUGGCGGGAGGUAGUGUUCUAAUUGAACUUUCAGUUAACUCAGUACUGACCAGAUGACUUUACACUGAAAAUCUUUUCAGCCUGUUAGUAAACACAGUGCUUUUGGAUUUUGUAGGACAUAGAUCAUUUUGAUUAUCAUUAUAUGAGGUUUUUAAAAGAGGAAUCUGAACUCCUUUAGCACUGUUUAUAAGCUAAAUAUUCAGCCAUAGACCAAAGAACAAAAACAAAAAUUUAAGUUUCCAUUUUCUUUACUGUGCAGUAAACAUUCUAGAAAUCUGAUUGUGUCUCUCAGUUUGUAUACUGUAUAAGAAUAUAUGCAUUUCUUUUGUAGCCACGUCAUGAAUAUUUUAAUGUCCCUGUGUACUAAAUGACUACUCAUCGUGUAUGCAGAAUUGCACAGAGGAAAUAGAGAGCUGAUAUACUUAUGAAAGAAAAUGCCCUCAGCUUGGUGACUGAUUAUCUUGUAUAAUCAUUUCAGAAUCAAUACCUUCACCAUUGUAAUUUUUUUUUUCCUGUCGUCAUUUCUCUGUUUAAUUUUCAUUCUAUAUAUGAUCUUGAUAUAGUUUAUUCCUGCUCUCAACUGGUUUAAUUUCUUCUUGCAAUAUGGCCUAUGAAUGUUUUGAGUAGUAUUUCACCUUAAACACGUACAUGAUUCAUCUUGUAAGAGGAAACGUUAGCAAUCGUUAAAGUUUUUACCAAAGAGCAUAUAGCAGAAGUGCUACAGCAGAAUAAACAGUGUCGUAACAUACAGUGUGACUUGGUCUUCAGAUGUUGGGGGAGAAAAGAAAUUCUAUUUAGUGUGACUGUAUUACAGCUCUCUGUGAGCUAAUGUAUUCUAACGUAUCACAUAAAAGUAUAUUUGGAAAUAAUUCAAGAAAGUAAAAUCUGUACUAUUACAUAAUAUUUAAGGGUGAAACAUUCACAGUUCUUAAGUUUGUAAUGCCAUGUAUAUCGGAUCACAUUUGUGCCACACAAUAUUGAACAGUCCCUUUAAGAAUGAUCAGAAAACUGUGUUAGAAGUCUCUUCUACAGUAUCUGUUGUUUAAUAGGAAAUAACCUUUUCAAAAUGUUAAUACUGAGUUUGUUUGUAUAGUUAAAAUCCUAAGACAGUUUAAAUACUAGUAUUUUACUAGUGAUGGUUUUAUAAUAGAUUAAGUCUUCAUUUAAAUACUUAAUGAUUUGUUAACUAUAGUUUUAUAUUCUAAAUAUUAAGACUUAAUAUUGAUUACGGUGUAUAGUUUUAAAACGUGCAACUUAUUAUAAAAGGAAAAGUAUCCAAUAAUUCAUUGCUUAUAUGUAGAGAGUUUAAAGCCUGAUUAAGUAAGCUAUCAUUAAACCAAUUCAAAAGAUGCUCAAACAGGUUUACCACUGAAAGACGACCUAUGAGAGUGUCUAUUAGGCCGGUAUGCAGACCAGUUCUUUCCAUUCUCGCUGUACUGCAUGACAUUUGAAGCACCUGGACGGGCUAUCAAAUGAGAAACUUAGCAUUAUACCUUGAAAGCAUUGGGAGACACUGGUCUUUCAUUUCCAUUUUUGUCCUCUGCCCCUCCCCCAACCCUGCAAUAUGUUAUUCAUCUGGUUUUAAUGCUGAAUAUGCAUUGUCUCAUGCCUGUUUGCUUUGGAUGCUGUGUGCUGAGCUGUAACAAGAUGUUGCUUCUUUUGUUAUUUGUAUACAGCUGCUUGCUUUAAAUUAGUAGAUUCUGAAAUCGCUUUUCUUGCACGUCUAAAAUAAAAGUAUUGCAUGUA